UGAUGAUAAAGGUGUUAUUCCCGUCACAAUCACCACAUCAUCUCCGUUACCUGUCCUCGAGCCCACCUGUUGCGCGCAUGAUUGACAGCUGAAUAGCGGCGCGUCUGGUUACCGUAACGGCAACGCGACACCCGGAGCUCCAGUGACGGCAGAUCGAGCGCGGAACGGGGAGAAGAGAGAGAACAGAUCUAGCGCUGAUGCUCUUGGGUGAUCUCUGCUCGCGGGGAUGGAGAGGAUCUGCGUGGGGAUGCUGUUCUUCUCUGCGCUGCUGCUCGUCGAAGCAGCUCAUUGUGCUCAGGGUCGAUACGCACACAAACUGUUGAAUGAUCUGAUGGAGAAUUAUUCCACUGCUCUACGACCGGUGGACGACACUGACAAAACCCUGAACGUCACGCUGCAGGUCACGCUGUCUCAGAUCAAAGACAUGGGAAUGAGCUCUGUGCAGGACGAGAGGAACCAGGUGUUGAUCGCGUACCUGUGGAUCAGACAGACGUGGCACGACGCCUACCUGAAGUGGAAUAAAGACGAGUACGACGGUCUGGAGGUGAUUCGCAUUCCCAGCAGCCUCGUGUGGAGACCAGACCUGGUGCUCUAUAACAAGGCGGAUGAUGACUUCUCCGGGCCGGUGGACACUAAUGUGGUGCUGCGGUACAACGGCGAGAUCACGUGGGACGCCCCGGCCAUCACGAAGAGCUCCUGUGUGGUGGACGUCUCCUACUUCCCCUUCGACAGCCAGCAGUGCAACCUGACCUUCGGCUCAUGGACCUACAACGGGAACCAGGUGGACAUCGCUAUGGGGAUGGACAGCGGCGACCUCUCGGACUUCGUGGAGAACGUGGAGUGGGAAUGUCACGGGAUGCCGGCCACGAAGAACGUGAUCAUGUACGGCUGCUGCUCGGACCCGUAUCCCGACAUCACCUACACGGUUCUGCUGCAGAGGCGGAGCUCGUUCUACAUCUUUAACCUGCUGCUGCCCUGCUUCCUCAUCUCAUUCCUGGCUCCUCUGGGCUUCUACCUGCCCGCCGACUCGGGAGAGAAGGUUUCGCUGGGCGUGACGGUUCUGCUAGCGCUCACCGUGUUUCAGAUGAUGGUGGCGGAGAGCAUGCCUCCAUCCGAGAGCGUUCCUCUGAUCGGUAAGUACUACGUCGCGACGAUGACCAUGAUCACAGCGUCCACUUCUCUGACCAUCUUCAUCAUGAACAUCCACUUCUGUGGAGCCGAGGCCAAACCGGUGCCGUACUGGGCCAAAGUUCUUAUCAUCGACUACAUGUCCAAGAUCUUCUUCGUCUAUGAGGUCGGCGAAAGCUGCGCGUCACCGUUCGGAAAGUCGGAAGAAUCCGAGCCCUUCGUUCGAAAACACAACAGGAACCUCAAAGAGAAACCGAAAGGAGCUCCGCCUCCCUGUUGCCCCGACGACGAGAAACCGGCCGCAUUCCAUCUGACCUUUAAUCCCUGUGUUUACUGCACUUACCGUGGCAACGGCGGAAUUCUCGGGUGCGACCCGAAGCUGGUUUGGAAUGUCGAGUACAUCGCGAACUGCUUCCGCGAGCAGAAGGCCACGUGCCUGAAAGUGGCCGAGUGGAAGAAGAUCGCCAAGGUGAUGGACCGCUUCUUCAUGUGGAUAUUCUUCAUCAUGGUCUUCCUCAUGAGCAUCCUCAUUAUCGGCAACGCACCUUGAGACUGCUAACAGUCAACGGCUGGGAGGAGCGAUGGCAUAUUCAGUUCGACUCGCAUCCAGCUCAGUGUUUCCCCUAGUGGUUGUCCCCUGAAACUACUAGUGUCGCGGAGCGGGUUUGCUACCUGAGUGUGUGUUCGUGAGAGUGUGUGUGUUUGCAAGUGUGUGCGAGUGGAUGUGAGCAUGUGUGUGUGUUUGCGAAAGUGUGUGUGUGUGUGCGUGAGUGUGAACUUCGUGUCACACCAGUUUUAGACUAUGGGACAUUUAGAGCCGUUAACGAAGAGCUGAUAUCAGAGAUCAGGUUAUGAUCAAGGAGAUGACGGCAGGUUUAGGGUUCAGGUUAAGCAGUUAGUGUUGAUGUUAAUUGGGUCAAAUGAAUCUCUUCACAAAGAUAGAUGUACAAGUGUGUGUGUGUGUGUGUGUAAGUUAAUCUGAGUAUUAAUAAUGUAGACCAUCUUGCCUCUCGAUGAGCACAUCAGUUAUGCCAGUCUUUCUGAAAAGAGAUCUGUUGUUCAUUAGAAGGCUGUAACCGGCUACAUUACACGAGUCACACACACACACACACACUUGCACACACACGCUCGUACACACACACUCACAGACACACACUGUCCUGUGUUUUAUGGCUGUACUGGGAACAAUUUACUUUUCAAACAAAAAGCACAAGUAAAGAUGUUUGGCUUAACAUGUGAUUGGUUGUAAGCAGGUCUGAACAUAGUGCUCAAAUAAACAUGAUCAUUU